UUAUUGCUGAUAAUUACAUAAAAUACACAUCAUUAACCUUUACUUAUAAUUCAGCGUGUCCUGCAGACACAUAGGCCUCCUCCAGCCUUUUCCACCCCGAUCUAUCCCUUGCUAACCUCAGCCAUAGCGGGCCAGCUACCCUUCUUAUGUCAUCUGACCAUCUUUUCAGCUGUCGUCCACGUUUACGGUAAGUGUUCAUUCUGGGGAUCCAUUCCGUGGUCUUCCUUGUCCACUUCCCUAUUUCGUCUCUAUUCGGACUAUCUAUAUUAUAAUAUUAUAAAUGUGAAAAUGUGUGCAACCUCCACGUUUAUAAUGUGAACGUAACUGCUGAACUGAUUUAGAUAACAUUUGUUAAGAGAUAAUAUAAGUCCUGGGAAAGGACAUAGGCGGGAACCCACUAGUUGUAAAACCUUUUAAACGGUUAUAUAACAGGUUUCCGUUAGCGCGUUCGGACUGUGGUCGUGGUUAAGGAACUUACACAAUGGCCGGUCAUUGGAUUGGUGAUUUAAAAAAAUACUAUCUCUAGCUCCUCUCUAUCAAGGCACGUUAGGCCGUUGGUUCCGGCUGCAUUGCAGUCCUUCUUAGCACCCACCAAUCUGUACCGGGUCUGUGUGGUGGGUCAUAGGAAAGGCCUGGCCCCAGCAGUGGGGACAUAAACAUGCUGAUGAGUUAUAUAGUCAAAACUGCUCACAUAUUUUUUUUACUUAAAUUAUCCUGUAUUGAAAAUCAAGCCUCAUCGCUAAAUUUGAAAGUACUAACCUUAUAAUUUCCAUGCCAUGCGCAGUGAUCCUCGCAGAGAAAUCGUCAUCUUCACCUCCCCAGCCUUCGUAUCGGUUGGAGAAGCCGUUGACCAGCUUGUAUUGGUCCGCCGUGACGGCAAGCACCCCUCCUGAUAUAUAGUCGUAGGGCAGCACGUAGCGGAACUUGUCGAUGGAGGCGCUCAUAUGACGCGGCUGCUUGGCACAAGCGUAAAGGUUGGCAGAGUCCAGGGGCAGCAGGUCUACGUCAUGGAGUAUCAGGCAAGGGAAACGUUCCGCCAUCGCGUACCGGGCGCCUAUGUUGUACAGCAGACCUUUGUUCCAGCUCUUAUUGUCCUGUUGUUCGAUCAGGAAGAUCCUGUAAUUCAUAUUGACGAUAUUAUGGAACAUGAAAUGAAAUACUUUGUAUUGAAACAACGAAGAGCUUGAUGGUGCUGUGGUACACGUUUGGUGCAGACUGAACGAUAGUUGAGUAACUUUAGGAAUGACAUAAGAGGAAAUUAAAUAUAUUUUAUAUCUAGCUCUCCACCUUUGAGCCAUAUUAAAUCAGUACUGGCUGCAGUUUUUAGAAUCCACAAACUUGACUAAGUUUGGGUUCUACUUAUUAACUUUAACUUUCGGUAACAAAGUUCAAAUAAAAAAAUAUAUAAUUUCAUCAAUUUAGAAAGAAAGAAAUAAUUUUAUUUGAGACAACAUAAUAAUAUAAGAAAUAAAAUAAAACAAUUAAAUUUAGUCUCAAAACGGUCCCAACUCAGCAUAGUGCUAAUGUUGCCAUUAGCGCUGGUCGUCCGUUGGAACCGGUUUGGUGUCGCACGAAUCAAUAACAACAAGAACAAUAAAUAAUACAAUUUAAAGAAUUACUUAAUCUUAACAAGGAACUAUCAAAUUAAAUUUAUCUUUGAGGUAGGCUUCGAGAAUCUAAACCUUAAUAUAUUUUGGGCGAAUGAAUAUUUACAAAAUUAGAAAUGAAUAUGAAACAUAGUAAGUUUCACAUAAAAUGUGAAAAGUUUAGUUUUUUUGUUCAAUCAAAGUAGGCCACCUGGUCCUCCACAGUGGAUUACAGUACAAUUACCCAAAAAGACUUUGAAUAAAGGUCAUAUACCACUGCCACAGCAGAAGGGAUAUUAAAAGAUGAUGUUUCACAAUGCUAUUAAGUAGUUAAAAAUUAUUCUAUUUACAAGCAAGUAAUAAAAUAUGCCUAGUUUGCAAAUUUAAAUACAAGUCAGAGACUACGCAUUGGCACCAUAGUCAGUUAAUUGUAACGUUAGGUGGUAGUCAGUUAGGUAUUUUCAACAAUUUCAAGCUAAUGGUUAUAAAAUAAAAAUAAUUUAAUGAUUGAAGCUUUGCAAUAAUAUUACCAACAUAGUUAUUAGAACUUACUUGUAAUGAAUUUUUUGCUUCCUUAAGAAGUUAUGCAUGUAUGGCAGGAAAAUGUCUAAUUGGUUCUGUCUGUUCCUGUAUGUAACAAGUAUUGCUACACUAAACAUUGGGUUGCAUUCGUCAGGGGUAAAACUUCCAUUAGAAAUGCCAUUUGCUGAGAAGUCAUCAUAUUUCUUUGGAACCUGCCAAUUCUCAAUACUUUCAGUACUUUGUAAAAUGUCAUCAUAAUGACAAUCUGGCUUAUUUUUUUUUAAAACCAAAUUCGAUGAUAUUUCCUUGUGUAGUUCAUUUAAGAGAGUAUGCUGUGACAAAUGAGCAUAAUUGUAUUUACCAAAGGCAGCAAAGAAUUGAAUAAUGGCAAUCAGACAUAAAACAUAGAAGAUGCAUGUAGUUACAUGAAGUUGCAGAAUUUUAUUUUUUAAAGUGGAUUUAGACAUUGGUACAGUUGACUUAAAGUUUAUAAAUAAAUAUGUUUAUGGAGAAGUAAAAUUGUAAUGUGGUUGUUUCUGUGAGUGUUCAUACGCAGACCUGAAAAAAAAAUGCCUUUAGUUAGUGGAGAAUAAAUAUGAGAACAAGUCUUAUAGGCAUCUAAGAUAUAUAGAUAGAUUGAAGCAGCUAAAUUCUCAAAUAACCUACAAAUUAAUAAUUAAAAUAAUAUUGCAACAAGAUUUAAUUGUUAGCAAAGGAUAUAAGUAGACAAUAAAACAAUGGUUAUCAAGUUUGACCGAAAAGUUUAAUCAAUUAAAAUGGGGGCAAAUAAAUCACACAAUUUAAUGGAAAACUUCCUUUGUUGAUGAUUAUAAAACAUACAGACAUUUAAAUAUAUCGGAGAUGAUAUAAAAGCAAAAUAUAUUAUUAUGCAGAUUGUUUCUGUGAAUAUAUUUUGCCUCUAAAAACUAGCAGAUUGAAAGGUAAUUGACACAACACAAUCUUGUUUGGAUAUUACUAGGAAUAAUAUCAUCUUAUCUCUUACAGAAUACUACAAAAAAUAUAAUUAUACACCUGGAACACAACACUAUGUGGGGCUGAGCUCAAACUGAAUUCAUGAUGAAACAAUAUUAGAUAACACCUUAUCAUUAGAUGAGUAGAAUGAUAAAUCAAAAUACCCUUUAUUUAACAUUAUGACUAUUUCACAACUUCAGAGAUUGUAAUGAUUUUGUACCUUAUUCAGAUAGGGUUACUAUGAAAAUUUUUGAAACUCUGAAUGCUAUUAAAACAAAGAAUUGUAAUAAUAGUACUGUACCCAAAGUAAACCUACUGCACUAGUUAGUUGUUAACUAAGUUUAUCUAUAACAGUUAUUUACACUAUGAUAAGGUGAUAACAGCUGCAUCCCAUGCAUACAUAACCACAGUGUAUUGAAUGGCCUUGACAUGUGACCUGAUUGCAGCAACCUCAAUAAUUGCAACUAAAUAAUAUUGGAAUCCUUCUUGCAGUGGCAUUCUCUCAGGGCGUUUGACAGUAUUCAUAUCGCCCGCCACCGCGAACUACCAGUCAGCUGUCAAUGUGCUAAUAUUACACUGACAACAAACAAGUAAACAAAGGGACUUGAAUAAUUUAACUUGAAGUAUUAAUUUAUAUUUAAAUAAAAAAUAACUACAGUAAUUUAAGUGCAAAAAAUGCUAGGACAGUGUUCAAACUAGAAUAUUUAAAGUAAAAAAUGAGUGUUCUUUUGGACGAACUUACCUGCAAGCCACUUGACACUUACAAUGAAAUUCAGUUAUUUUUACAAGAUCCACCGGCCUGGAGAACACUUUGUAAUGAUUUACAACCCCACAGUAAAUAUUUAGUAAAAAACUCGAGUCUUGUAGGAGAGGAAGUAAAUUUUUCGGAACCAGGACCAGCGACUUUCUGUCAUUUUGAUGCAGAUGAUAAUUUGGCAAAUGAAAUACGUGUUGAAGAAGAAAGAUUACCAAAAACACUGGUUUGUCAUGACAUGGCAAAUGGAUAUCAUGACGAUUGCAAAAUUGAUGGAACCGGUUCAUAUGAUGCCUACACAUUUUACAAUUGGGCGGGCAUCGACAUUUUCUGUUACUUCAGCCAUCACCUAAUCACAAUACCACCUUUAGGGUGGAUCAAUGUUGGUCACGCUCAUGGAGUAAAAGUUAUUGGUACUGUUAUCACAGAAUGGGCUGAAGGUCAGGCAUUGUGGGACAAAGUAUUAGAGAGUGAAUCUGAGUAUAAGAACUUCGCAAGUGCUCUAGUGGCUAUUGCGAAGACGUUGAAAUUCGACGGAUGGCUUCUAAAUGUAGAAAAUAAGGUGUCGAAACCUACCGCUCUCUUAGAAUUUGUUAAACAUCUCCACAAAACUUUACACGAAGAGCUGAAGCAUCCUGUGUUGAUUUGGUACGACAGUGUUACCGUGGAGGGAACUCUAAAUUGGCAAAACGCGCUCAACCAAAGAAACAAGCCAUUUUUCGAUGCAUGUGAUGGUAUUUUCACCAAUUACUCAUGGACUGUGGAACACGUAAAGGAAAGCUCGAAAUUGGCUGGUGAGCGCAUCACUGAUCUCUACAUCGGCGUGGAUGUAUGGGGGCGCAACUUUUAUGGCGGCGGCCAGUUCAAUACCCAUGAGGCUAUAAGUGUAGCUUACUCAUAUGGAUGUUCAUUAGCAAUUUUCGCACAAGCUUGGACUCAAGAGGCGAUGACUUUUGAUGAGAAAGAUAUCAAUACCGUAGCUAACGCGGAGGAACUGGAUAAAUAUGAGCAGUUCUUAUUAAGGGACCGCGCAUUGUGGGACUGCAUCUGGCCAUACCUAAAUACGAGGGUACCGAGCAAGUUGCCCUUCAAAACUUCUUUCUGCAGAGGACAAGGAAAGAAAAGACGGUUGCAUGGAGAGGUGCUAUGUCCGGUUCCGUGGUACAACUUCCGACACAUGCAAUAUCAACCAAACUCAUCCCACGGGCCACAUCGCUAUACUAUGACCGCCAUCGGUAAAAUGCAAAACACCUCGCAAACAUCGCAAAGAGAAAAGAAAGGUAUAAUUAAAAUCCGCGAAGAUAUUAUCACAAGUAAAGAAGAAAUUGAGUGUCCUGAGACACAGAGUAUAAAUAACCUUGAUGAAAAUAUAAUAGUUAACGAGGCACAUGCAGAUGAAGUAGAUGAAGCGAGGAAACCGCAUAAUGUGAAAAGGAAAAUUAAAGACAUUUUCAAACAUAUAUUCAAAGCGAAAUCGUCUAAAAAAGACGACCAAAGUGGCCCCAAAGAAGAUGAUGAAGACGAAAACGAAAUCGAUACUAAUGAAAGGAAACCAGAUGAUUCUGAAACAGGCUCUGAAGAAAAUAUUGAUAUGAAUUCCCAUAUGUCUGGUAAAGAGAAGAAAGCAUAUAAGCCUAAGAAACUGAUUGAUCUGCGUUCGUCCGAGAAGUCGAUGGUAUGGAUGUCGAUCAACAUCAACUUGGGGCGUGAGGGCCAGGCGCCCGUGACCCGAUACGGUUUGACAUUUGUCCCCGAAGAAAAGGACUGUCUACAGGUUUAUUUCAAUGACAGCUUUAUCGGUGGAUCCUGCGUGAAGGUGCUUCCAUGCGAGAAAUUUAAACGGACCACCAGACUGCUCCACUGCGACUUCUUCUGCUCGGAGGCAUUGGUGUUCUGUGUGGUGACCAAAACUAUGUUUGGUUGCGAAAAACAGUAUCUGAAUCUGAAAUUAACCAUAAAAAAGGCCAAUAAACAGUACCAGAACAUAAGUCUUAUUGGUCGUACGAUUCCCACGCAAGGACACCAGGAUCAGUCGGCUUCCUCCGUCGUGAAUAUAUACCCAAUCAACAACAGAUCGGAUCCCGAGUUUCGACAUUUGCAAACUUACCUGUUGCUGAAUGAGCCCGACUUUUACUUGCCAGUUGAGAAUUCAUACGAUUGGACUGUCAGGUAUUACAAGCUCGCCAUCCCUGGGUCUCGAGUGAUGUCGAUCAACUGUAACACCGGGUUGGAGCGGGGAUCUAUUCUGCUGGGACACUUCGGUGUGUGCUCGAUGACCACCACAAUCAACGUCAAUGAAAUCGAUUAAUCUACGGACAGAUGAUAAAAUUAUGAUGAAUUGCAUUAAUUAAUGUGUAAGCGAAUGUAAACGAUAACCUGUGUAAAAUAAAAUUAUGACAUAAAUGUAAAUAAGAAUUUUUUAUGUUUAUUGAUUAAAUGCUACCGACAG